AUGAGUGGGCUUCUCCACACGGUGGGCCGUACUGUGGAGGACUCUGCGACGUAUAAGACGACGGAGACAUGGCUGGCGGUAUGCAAUGUGGUGUCGGUCGAGCUGGGUAGUCGUGGUUUCGAGCGCGUGGUCGCAAGCCAACCACGGAGGGUUCCAACCAACUUCUGCCAUCAUGCCCGCCGCAGGCGAUCAACACCAAGUUCUGCCACCAAUAUGGGCUGGGAUGGCAAGGUAGCAUAUCAUGUGGCCAGCGGAGCGUACGUCGACCACGGGUCUCAUUCCUCGAGUAGCACACGGCGAGCACUCGAUAAUCCGGAGCUAGAGUGUGUGGAGAUCAGCGACUAA